UUGCAAGGAGCCUCAUCCUCCUGCACAAUGACUCUGACUCAAGCUGAGAAGGCUGCCGUGGCUGCCAUCUGGGCAAAGGCGGCUACCCAAGCUGAUGCCAUUGGAGCAGAAUCACUGGAGAGACUUUUCAUCAGCUACCCCUCGACGAAAACCUACUUCCCUCACUUUGAUCUGAGCCAAGGCUCAGCUCAGCUCCGUGCCCAUGGCUCUAAGGUGCUGAACGCCAUCGGGGAAGCUGUGAAGCACGUGGAUGACAUCCGAGGUGCCUUGACCAGACUCAGCGAGCUGCAUGCUUACAUCCUCAGGGUGGACCCUGUGAACUUCAAGCUGCUGUCCCACUGCAUCCUGUGCUCUUUGGCUAGCCACUACCCCAAUGACUUCACCCCAGAGGUUCACGCCGCAUGGGACAAGUUCCUGUCCACUGUUUCCAAUGUCCUGACUGAGAAGUACAGAUAAAUGGCCUC